AUGAUGAUGUUCGUCUAUGUUCACUGCUGCAUGUUGCUCCUCUGGAGCUUCUACCCUGUAUGCUACUCUUACAUCGACGACGAUACGAUUGAAAGAGCCAUGGAGGGUGAAUGGGUUGCUCUACAAGGCAGUGACGAUGAAGCAUUGAUCAAAGUGGCGGAGCUGAAAGAUGCUGGUUCUUCUUUUGAUGCAGCAGAAUCGUUUUGCCGAGAACAUGAAUCCCAUCUGACGUCGGUUCUAUCCGAAAACGAAUUGAACUUUAUAGGAGAGCUAGUGCUAAGGCUCGAUCUACGUAAAGGAGGUUCUGGUGGUCCUAAAGAUUCUAAAUACGUGAAUGCACUGACAGGCUUGCGGGGUGAAGCCAUUUUUAAGUGGAUUGAUGGUUCUCCAACUGACUUCGCUUCAUCGACUGUAAAGAUGGAGAGGACGUGUUUCGAUGUGAGUUAUUUUUUGUUUGACGCUUACUUGGUUCGCUGGUGUUGUUCUAAUGGCUCUGUACGUUUCACGAAAGGCUCCUCUAACGACCCACAGCUUCUCGCCGCAGUCUCCCAUCGGCUGCUGCUACACCUCUAG